UAACCAUCAUCAGCAAAAAAAUACAAAAAGAAAAAUUCGCUGGCAUCUUAAAUAUCAUCAGCGAAAAGUAUACGACACUCAUUCUUACAAGCCACGUGUAACCUAUCUUCUUCAAGAAUGGUGCCAAUCCUAGUCACCACCUUAUUCCUUUAACCCUCCACUAUCAUUACUACUCACACGAAGCAAAGAAUCACCCAAACCAAUCCAAAUGAUCAAGACAGUACACAGAGAUCGAAACACAAAACCAAACCAAUGUCUCUGCAAAAGUUUAAGCUUCUCGCAACUCAUUGCAGCACCGUCGCAGAGAGUCCGACACGUAGUCCAGUCAUCCACCUCCGCCGUCGUAAAACGCUGCGUUUGUUACUCACUCGAUCAUCAGACCGAUGGAGAUUACCGGAGAUCCAAAACAACGUAGAUGAAUCGAAGAAAACGGAUAAGAGAGGUAAGAUCCGAUCUAGCCGGAAGCUUGGAGAUCUUUUUGUUUCGUCGCCACCGUUUGAGGAAAGUGGCGGUGGCGGCGGCGGAGAUAAGGGGACGAAGAUGGAGGUGGAGAUGGAGAGGGAUGUACCGGUUAACGGCGUUAGUAAUAACGCAGGUUUUGGAGAAGAGAUAACGGCUCGGCGUGUGGGCUUUAACGGGUCUGUUAGGCCCAUGUCAUCUGUUACACUUCGAUGUAGAUUACUUAGACGAUCUUGGCGUCCUGUACUUGUAACUAUUCCUGAACAAUAAACUCUGAAACAAAUAAAUUAUAUUAACAUUUUUCUAUGUUGAAAUUUUGAUUUUUAGGAUAAUUGUUUUUUCUUAGGAUUUUAAUCCAAUUCUGAUUUUGUUUCUCGGAAUUUUAUUGUGAUUUGUUUAUUCCUCAAAGUAGAUAUAUAUUUUUUUUCUUCUUGAAGUUAAUAUUAUAUACUAUGUAAUUGCAAGUUUUUGGU